AGCCGACCAAGGUCGUGGCGAGAUGAGCAGCUGGAUCACCUGAUGAUCAGUUGCUACGGACUGAUCAGCUCCGAGGAAGCUUUUGCCAUGGCAUGCGAUCACUUGCCGGGGAUGACCUUCGCAACCCCGCAGCUGUCCGGUGAUCUUCUCCGCCUCUCGCAUAUACAGAUCACUGCAGAUUUGAUAUAAAAUGCUGUUGGAUCGGUGCUUCAGCUAAUGUUCAAUCCCUACCUGAUCGCCUAACAUGCUCCUCCAACCUCUCCGCACCCUCCUCCUCGGGAUCUCAACAUCCGCAGUUUUCACCACCGCUGCGGCGGCACCCUGCAACUCCAGCUCGGUUGCAUCCUCUGGACCUACAGUAACCCUCGCAAACGGUACCUACGUCGGCCUUUCGAUCCCCUCUUACGACCAAGACGCCUUCCUCGGGAUCCCAUAUGCCCAACCACCCCUCGGUCCUCUUCGAUUUCGCACUCCGCAAUCACUUAACCAAUCCUUCGAUGAACCGAGGUAUGCGACGAACUACUCUGAUAUCUGUUUGAACUUUGGAACGGAUGGCAAUGGGUAUGCGCAGUCUGAGGACUGCCUGACGAUUAAUGUCCUUCGGCCCUCGAACGUCAAUAUCGAGGAGGACGGCGAAGGUGGAUUGCCUGUCAUGGUCUGGAUCCACGGCGGCGGCCUCUGGCAAGGCGGCAGCGCAGACCACCGCUACAAUCUCUCAUUCAUCCUCCACCAAUCCGUCCUAAUCAACAAACCCAUCAUCGCAGUCUCCUUCAACUACCGCCUCGGCGGCUUCGGAUUCCUCGCUUCCGACGAAGUCCUCGGCGCCGGACAAACGAACCUUGGGUGGAGAGAUCAGCGGUUGGCGUUAGAGUGGAUUCAGGAGAAUAUUGGGGUGUUUGGAGGGGAUAAGGGGAAGGUUACUAUCUGGGGGGAGUCGGCUGGGGGGUGGUCGGUUGGGAGUCAGUUGUUUGCGUACGGAGGGAGGGAUGAUGGGUUGUUUCGGGCUGCUAUCAUGGAGAGUGGGGCGCCGAUGGGGUUAUCGUACUACGGCACGGACAGCUACCAACCCAAAUACGACGCUCUCCUCGAACGAGUCAACUGCUCCACUGCAGUCGACACACUCGACUGUCUCCGCCAUGUCCCCUCAGUCGAGCUCUACGAUGCUUUUAACACCACCGACUGGAUGGAAAGCAACUGGCUUCCCAUCGUGGACGGAGACUACAUCCCAGCAGUCCCAUCCCGCCUCAUGUCAUCCGGCCGCUUUGUCAAAGUUCCCACCAUCGUAGGAGCGAACACUGAUGAAGGGACUGCCUUCGGACCUGGAAAUACUGGGUAUAAGCUGAACACAUCGCAACAGUUGGAGGAGUAUAUUCUCAGUGAUGAAGUUGUCCACGCACUCCAGCCCCUCAACUCAUCCUACCGUUUGACUCCGGAGACUGUAGAGCACCUCCUCUCACUCUACCCCGACAGCCAAGGCCCUCCAUAUACCUACUCUAACGAGACAGCCAUUAUCUCGACAUUCGGCUACGACGGCCUUCAAGGCAACGCAAUCUUCGGCGAUGAACUCAUGGUCGGUCCGCGUCGUUGGUUGGCAGAGGAUAUGUCCGCAGCCGGUGUCACAGAUACCUACUCAUACCGCUUCGACACACUGCCCUACACGGGUCCCACGCCUUACGGCGUCACGCAUUUCCAGGAAGUCGCAUUCGUAUUCUCCAACUUCCAGAACAACACAAACUACAUUGGUCCCAACCAGACGUACCACGAGUUCGCGAAUCUGAUGUCAAGGAUGUGGGUUAGCUUCGCCAAUGAUCUCACUCCCAACAACCAUGGAGUUUUAGGAGUCGCGGAAUGGCCGGAGUAUAGUGUCAAUGGUAGUACGCCGAUGAACAUUGUGUUGAAUGCGACGAAUGGAGCGUAUGCGGAGGAGGACACGUUCAGGGAGGAGGGGAUUGCGUAUCUACGGGAGACGGCUUUGCAGUGGCUCAAGUGA